UGGUGCUGAGGUGAACGUUUUAUAUCCAAGAGAUUUUGCCAAAUGCCUUCAGCAAAGUUAAAAAUCCACCUUUGACAUGGAGUUUACCAGGCACUACCUUCCGAUGGAGUGGGAAGAGCGAUGGAGGAAAGAAAAAGAGAGGAGGAAAAGAGUGGUUGAAGAAGGUGGAGAAGGUUUAGAACAAGAUAACCGUGAGUUGAGGCGAAUUGUUGCUUACAACGAUUCCAGGAUGGGCCUAGCUAGUCAAGGAGAUAAAGCCAAAGAGUCUGAGGGGAGAAAGACUCAAAGUAAUAAGGACGAUGCUGGUGGACAUAUCAGUGAUGAGAGAGUCGAGGAAAUGGAACAUCAUGCCUACACAUUCUCAAGCAAAACCUUUCCUAAAGAGAUAUUUAUGACUCUUAAGGAACUGCAGAUUUCCUCUAUUCUUACAGACCUGACCCUGACUACUGAGGACGGCAGCAAUUUUAGUGUGCAUUCCCUAAUUCUAGCUGCAGUCAGCGCCUUGAUUCUAGACAAACUUAAGGAAAAAAACAUGGGACAAUCUCACAGUACUCAAGGGAAAAUUGUAAUGUGGUCGGUACACAUGGGUAAUGAAGUUGACCAAAUUGGGCUUCAGGCGGUUAUUGAGUUUGCUUACAGUGGAGAUAUAUCAAUUUUAAACAAAGACACACUAACUCAGAUCAAAACUGCAGCUAAAGUACUGGAGGUCCCACAACUCCUGGAUCUCUGCAACAACAUAAACGCGAAAAAGAAAGAUAGAAUCUCUGCAGACGUACAUCUGACGAAUACUCUACGAUUCAUUGAAAGGUUGUUGGAAGACAAAGUUGGAUGUGAUGUAAUUUUGGAACUGGAUGAGAUUUCUUUCCAUGUUCAUAGAAUUAUCCUGGCAGCAAGCAGCGACUACUUCCGUGGAAUGUUCACAUGUGGAAUGAGGGAAUCUCACCAGGCCUGCAUCGCUCUUCCCUUUGUACCGGCUUGUGAAUUGGAGGCACUAAUCGGUUGGUCCUACAGCGGGACUCUUCAUCUCAGCUGGGACUGUGUUUUUGAGAUAGCCUGCACUGCCCUGCAGCUUCAGUUUCAACCUGCUUUCUUGCUUUGCCUGAAAUUCAUGCGAGAAGAAAUGCAGAUAAACUCGUGUCUAGACGUGGAAUCAUUCGCUGAAGCGUAUGGCUUGUCAGAACUCCUCGAGGAAGCCAAUGACUUUACACUGAGGAACUUCAGGGAAGUGUCAGCGACAGCAAAGUUUCAAGACCUUCCCGCAAAGAAGCUCUUGGACUUGCUCCGCUGCGAUGGUCUGUGCGUGCCUUCAGAGUUGACUGCAUUUCGUGCUGUAAUCUCCUGGAUUCAAGCGGAUCCCGAAGAGAGGUUGGCCCAGGCUGCUUUACUGAUGAGCGGAGUUUGUUUCCCACUCAUGACUUUUCGUGAGUUCAGGGAGGUCAGAGCAAUUAAUCUGCAUAUGGAGUGCUUUGCAGACAAAGAACUGGAACUCUAUGGAUCCGCUCUCAAGGAAUUUGGUUUCAGUCUCCCAAAGUCUGAUGAAUACUGCAGAAUCAGGCGACCUAAAGAUGUUCUUUGUGUGGUCGGGGGAGAUCAACUAGAUCCAGAUGUGGGUAAACGUAUACCAAGCCAGGAUAUCUGGUUUGCCAACUCUUUGCGCAAUGGCACAGGAUUGGUGAAGGAGAUAGAGUGGAGGAGACUAGGUGAGAUUCCAGAUAAGCCAAAGUUCAGACAUGGUGUGGCAGUAAUGGACAGGAGGUUGUAUGUAGCUGGUGGAUGUUACUUUUAUGCAAAGGAUAACAUAAUGACAUCAGCUUACAGCUACGACCCCGUGACAAACACUUGGAAAGGUUUGGCUGACAUGCAGGAGCCAAGAAGUAACUUCUCAUUGGUGGUGCAUGAGGAGCGCCUUUAUGCCAUUGGCGGAGACAAAGAGAUUGACACCAACACAGACAGCGUUGAGAUGUAUAAACCAGAUAGCAACUCGUGGAGCUUCGUCCAUCCUCUGGACCAGCCUCUCAGUGGCUAUGGAGUCUCUGCCCUAAAUGGAGGCAUUUUCAUCUCUGGAGGUUUUAACUGUAAAUACGUGUGCCUGGUCUCCAUGCUCCUGUACCACCCGGAGAGAGGAAGCGUCUACCUGGCGGACAUGUCCCGUGACCGAGCCCAACACUGUAUGGAAGCAUUGCGAGGGCGCCUUUACGUUGCCGGUGGGCUGUGCAACCUGAGGACGUUCUACACUGAUCAGCUUGCCUGUGAGGUGUAUGACCCAGUGACAGACUCUUGGGCUGAUUUUUCCUUGCUGCCAGUGCCCCAUGUUGGUUCUGCCUCGGCUGUCCUGGAGGAGAAGCUCUACAUCCUGGGAGGAUACUGCCAGGACGAUUACAGCGAGUCGGGAUUGGUCCAUCGGUUUGACCCCGGCCUCCAGCGGUGGGAGACCAUGGGCAAGCUACCAGGGGCUGUUACUGACAUUAAGGCCUGUCUUCUCCACUUGCCCCAGCAAUUCAGACACUAAACAGAUGGUCAUAAUCAUAAACCGCUACAGAAAAUCCAAUCUGUCAUUUGGACUUGCAAAGUAUUCACGCUUUAAUAAACAGAACAACACAAAGUAGUGCAGAACUGGGAACUGGAAUUGUAUUUGUCUUCAACCUAGCCCAUCUUCUUCCACAUGUCUCUUGUACUUUUUCUAGCCAAACUGCUAACAGGACUUCUUAUGACUUUCUUUCAGCAUUUUCUUGCUAGUUUUCUUUUAUGAAAGCCUGAUAUUGUCCGUGUUGAGCUGUGGAUACCUGCAGUUUCUCCAGACUUACCAUGAGACACUUCGCUGCCCUUCCUGCCUGCUGUGUUCACUCAUAUUUUCCAAUGCGGCCUUUACAGAACAGAAAUUAUACUGAGAUUUAUUUAGCUGAAUCAGAGUGAUUCGGACUGAAUACUCUUUUCAGAUUUUCUAUACAGGCAUUUGACAGAACAAGAAAAAAAAAUCUUAGGUUUUGUUUUCUUUUUUUAAAACAAUCCAGUGAACACACUAUUUCUCAAAAACAUCUGACUAAAAGUAAAUUGUGGGUUUUGUGUAACUAAAACAAAUUGCUUUGUUUGUAAUUAGACGUUAUCGUUGUAAUUUCUUAGGAUGAACAAUGUGGAAAUGAAUGGAAUGCAGAGGAUGCAGGUUGUGGUGUGAAAAUGAUCAUUUUAGUGACGUUUACAGGCGAGUACAGAAAUCCAGGCAGCACAUGAGCAAUGAGACAAGGAAACGCAGACACUGGUAGCAACUGGGAAUACUCGCAACAGAACAUAGACACAACAUUGACAUUGACUAUGACAAGAACACAACAACGAAACACAAACACAGGUGGGAUUAAAUUCACAAGGGAGUAAUCAGGGAAACAGGACACAGCUGUGAUCAAUCAAGAGGUAGACAAGAUGAUACAGGAACUCAAUUGACUAGAAAACAAAAGUUCACAUCCUUAGUAGUACCCCAACAUUUUUUUGGAGAAAAACACGACUGAGAAUAGUUCAAUUUUACAACAACAGCCUUUUUAGGACUUUCUCUUCUGCCGGUUUCACCACAAU